AUGGUUCAACUGGGGGACACGGUCCAGUCGACAGUCCUAGCUGUUCUCGUUCACGCACGUCGCCAACACCAGGAUUGGUUCGACGACAGCGACGCCGCCGCCAUCAGCAACAUGCUCACCGAGAAGAACCGGUUGCACAUAACGUACGUCAGUUACCCUACUGACGACAGAAAAGCAGCCUCAUACCAUGGUCGCUGCCUUGGGCAACAGCGGCUCGCAAGACUGAGGAGAUCCAAGGUUACGGGGAUCGCAACGAAUGGAAAAAAUGUCUUUUCCGCCAUCAAAGCUGUCUACGGUCCGGCAACCAAAGCAGCUGUUCCUCUUCUCAGCGCCGACGGCAGUACCCUACUCACCGAGAAGACAUGAAUUCCUCAGCGAUGGGCCGAGCAUUUCAGACGCGUCCUCAACCGCCCCUCCACCAUCUCCGAUGCCGCCACCGCCCAUCUGCCUCAGGUGGAACCAAUGCCGACCUCGACCUCUCCACGAAACCAUCAGGGCCGUGCAGCAGCUCUCCGGCGGUAAAGCGCCCGGAUCGGACGCGCUCCCCGCUGAGAUCUAUAAGCACGGUUGUCCCCAACUCAUGAAUCAUCUGACGGCCCCCCCCCCGCAGGACUUCAAGGACGCAUCACAUAUAAACGGAAAGGAAACCGCCAACCCGGCGACAACUACCAAGGCAUUUCCCUGCUGAACAUCGCCGGAAAGAUACGCGCUCGCAUUCUUCCCGAUCGUCUGAACCACAGUCUGGAGCAGGGUCAUCUGCCGGAAGACUAGUGCGGCUUCCGCCGUCAUUGCAGGGCUGCAGACAUUAGCUUCGAAGCCCGCCAACUGCAGGAGAAGUGUCCGGAGAAGCAGACCCACCUGAACUCUACCUUAGUAGGUCUGACGAAAGCCUUCGGCACGGUGAAUCGCAAUGGACCGUAGACAGUCACGCAGAAAUUCGGCUGUCCCUAGUGAUUCACUCAGAUGGUGCGUCAGCUCCACGAUGGCAUGACGGCGCGCGUCACGAACAACGGGGCUGUCUGAGAGGCGUAUGCAGUGAUCAACGGAGUGGAACAGGGCUGCGUCCUCGGGCCCAACCUCUUAAGUCUCAUGUUCUCUGCCAUGCUGAUGCUCGCUUAUCGCGACGAACGUCAAGGGCUCCGCAUCGCCUACAGGACGGACGGCCAACCCCUCAAUCAGUGACGGAUGCACUUCCAGUUGCGUGUAUCCACAACUACCGUCCAUGAUCUUCUCUUCGCCGACGAAUGUGCCCUCAUGGCCACCUCUGAAGGGAACAUGCAAAGGAGCGUGGACCUCUUCGCCGCCGUCUGCGACAACUUCGGCCUAGUCCCCAACACGGAGAACACGGCGUUCAGGCAUCAACCGCCACCCGACGCUGCCUACGUCGCGUAGACAUAGUCGACCCGUUGCCUUACACAACUUCCGGCCAUCGGUACAUGUUAGUGUUGGUAGAUUAUUUUACGACGUGGGCUGAGGCCAUCCCCUUACAUCGACAAGAUGCAGCCUUGGUCACCAAUGCGCUGCUAAAGGAAUGGGUCUGUCGAUGCGGAGCACCCUUUUCACUUCACUCCGAUUGCGGAGCCAACUUCGAAAGCCACCUUCUACGCGAAGUCUAUGACCUUCUCCUCAUCCACAAGACUCGAACUACACCAACCCACCCAGAGGGCAAUGGCCAGGUGGAGCUCACAAACCGAACCAUCAUUAAUAUCCUGAAGGCGUUCGCCGAUGACCACCACCCACGCGAUUGGGACGUGCAAUUACCCUUCGCCAUGAUGGCCUAUAGAGCCGCCGUUCAUUCUUCAACGGACCACGCCCCAUUCUAUAUGUUGAUCGGCCGCCAAUUCCGACUACCGGCGGACGCGAACGUCCCCACACAGCAACCGAUGGCCUAUACAACCGACAACUACGUGAUGGAGCUACAGGAGCUACUAAGACUCACGUACAAUCUGGCCCGCACAUAA